ACGUUAGUCAAGAGAAAGACUAGGUAUAAACAUCAGUAAAGAGCAGGACUAGACAGACACCAUGGCACCUGUUAUAUGGGGCCUCGACCUCAAAGAAAUACAAUGGGCCAAGUUCAAAAGCUCGUACAUGUGGAACACGACCUAUCAUCUACGUCGCACGAAAUUCAUCGUAUACCAGUGUGCGCUCAUCUUUUGCGUGGUCUCGGAGUCGCUAGGGACAUCGGCGUUGUCUGACUACGUCGAUAGCCAGAAAUACGUGGCAGCCCUCGACGACAGAGUCUAUGUCUACAAUAAUGACUUUGUCGGAGUCGCGUCUUUCAACAUCUUCGCCGGCAUAUUUGUCGCCUUCAUCUUCGGCGCAGCCUUCUUCUUCGAUCUCUUCUGGCCCGAACGACACGAAUCGAAGAGCGUAUUGAUUGCCUGGAAAGUGUGUGGCGUGCUGUCAACCAUCUUCUAUCUCGCCUCCGCGCUCGCACUCACCGUCAUCACCGCAAAUCACUGCGGGUACUUUCGAGGUCCAGCGGGAGUCAAUGAUGGAUAUGGACAGUCGCUGCUGUCGCAGUUCAGCAAGGACGGUGGCACACCCCUGUGUUAUCGUAAGAACAGUCGAGCUGUUGCUUCGGUCGUCUUCUCCUGGCUCGGAUUCGUCAGCGUGCUGGGCAGCUGUAUUCUUCUCUUCUUCUCCAUCGACCACACCGAGAAAGGUCCUGGACCCAAGUCGACGCACGCGCGGGCUGAGGAAGAUGCCGAGAAAAGUGAUACCGCAACAACUACAUCGAGCUGAAUCGGGCGAUCUUUCGAGGUGGUGACGGCCAUGGCUCAGAGCCACAUUAGGGAACCAAAUUGACACAGCACAUGAGCUUUUGGAUGAUAAUGCAGUGAUACCCCAGACAUAGGUUAUUUCGCUUUUUUGAUGUUUCAAAUUGCAUGGUGACGGAGUUGGACAUGGAAAGAAAGACGGUAGAUGGGAGGAUGAGGAAACAAAUUGCAAGACCGGGCAGGAACGAUGCAAAAGGCGCCACCUCAGGCUCAGAGCACACUCGGACUGUAUGAAAUUCCGUGUCUCCGAUGACCGCUCAAGGACAGUUGAGGAGGUAGGCACAUGUAUCACGGGCAUACGGGCACACGGGGCAGUGCAUGAUGAAAUCGAGUUGUUGUUGGCCGGGGCAUGCCUUGCCCAACUCCGCAUACAGGUACAAUCCAUACAUGCACACCUUCAUGUACCUUAUUCAUCUGAGAGUCAGAGAACGCCCAGAACAAAUCAUCGGCU